CUUCCUUUGGUUUCGUUAUUUACUUCUCGUUAAGAAAAAUCAAAUCAAAUCAAAUCAAAUCACUGAAAUCAGAUUAAAAUUAAAUUAAAUUAAAUUAAAAUAAAAAAGCCGUUCCUGCCUCCGGCUGCUGCGUCAGGUUAUUCUGUCUCUGUAGAACAGUGGCCAGUUCCAUCGAUUUCUUCUUCUUCCGCUGCGAUAUGUUUAUGUGACACACACAAAACACAGAACGAAAAGGGAAAAAGAUUUGCAAUGCUUAGUGUUAUGGGUUUGUUGUUGCUGCCGAUGGAUUCGGUAGCGUGCAGGGGGUUGCUUUACGCGCUCUUUAUACUCAACUUUGUUUUGGUUUGCCAACUCAUUCUCCUUCAGCCUCUAGUUUCUGCUUCAGGUGGAAAAUCUGGAAAUGCUGCUGAGUUAUUUGAUAAGGUAUCAGAAAGUAUAAAAGUUAAACAUUAUACUGAGGCACUUGAUGAUCUAAAUGCUGCCAUAGAAGCAGACCCAAAUCUUUCAGAAGCAUAUCUAUUCCGUGCAUCAGUUCUUCGUCAAUUGUGCAGAUAUGAGCAAUCCGAGGGGAGCUACAAGAAGUUUCUGGAGCUCAAACCUGGACAUUCAACUGCAGAAAAGGAGCUCUCCCAGCUAUUGCAGGCUAAGAGUGCCCUAGAAACAGCUCAGUCCCUUUUUGGUUCAGGAAACUUCAUAAAAUCUUUAGAAUAUAUUGAUAAAGUUGUUCUUGUUUUUUCUCCAGCUUGCAUCGAGGCUAAGCUACUGAAAGUGAAGUUAUUGAUAGCUGAUAAAGAGUAUGAAAAUGCCAUAGCUGAGUCUGGAUUCCUUCUUAAGGAAGAUGAAAAUAAUUUAGAGGCAUUGUUGUUGCGUGGUCGUGCAUAUUACUAUUUAGCUGAUCAUGAUGUUGCCACCAGGCAUUACCAGAAAGGCCUCCGCCUGGAUCCAGAGCACAGUGAAUUAAAAAAAGCAUAUUUUGGAUUGAAAAAUCUACUCAAAAAGACAAAAAGUGCUGAAGAUAAUGCAAAUAAGGGUAAACUCCGUGUGGCAGUGGAGGAAUUCAAAACUGCACUUGCAGUUGACCCUGAUCAUCUUGCACAUAAUGUUCAUCUUCAUCUAGAAUUAUGUAAAGUCCUAGUCAAGCUUGGCAGAGGAAAAGAUGCCUUGGACAGUUGUAAUGAAGCUCUUAAAAUCAAUGAGGAGCUUCUUGAAGCCCUUGUUCAGAGGGGAGAAGCCAAACUUCUAAUAGAGGAUUGGGAGGGAGCUGUUGAGGAUCUGAAAUCAGCUGCUCAAAAAUCUCCUCAGGACAUGAAUAUCCGUGAAGCAGUAAUGAGGGCUGAGAAAGCUCUAAAGCUGAGCAAACGCAAGGAUUACUACAAGAUUUUGGGAAUCUCAAAAACAGCUUCCGCCCCUGAGAUAAAACGCGCAUACAAGAAACUUGCUUUGCAAUGGCACCCGGAUAAGAAUGUAGAAAACAGGGAAGAAGCAGAGGCUAAGUUCCGAGAAAUCGCUGCAGCAUAUGAGGUACUUAGUGACGAAGACAAACGCACAAGAUACGAUAGAGGGGAGGACCUUGAAGACAUGACCAGUGGCGGGGGUGGUGGGUUCAAUCCAUUUGGUGCCGGUGGGUUUGGUGGACAGCAGUAUCACUUCACAUUCGAAGGUGGCUUUCCCGGUGGUGGUUUCGGAGGAGGCUUUCCCGGGGGUGGGGGAUACGAGUUCCAUUUUUGAUUGGCAAGAGAUUAGAAAGUCCUGCUCCAAAUGUUUUUCUUGGCGGAAGUUACAGACUUUCUUGAUUUCUUGAAGGGACCACAGCAAUAAUAUUGAGUGUUGACUAAUCACUUGCUAACGGUUGUUGAGAGGGAUACGUAGGCCAUCCCCAAGAUGCUUGUAAGAUAAGUAAUGUGCUUUUGGGGAAGCUUUUGCUUUCAGCAGAAGGGAUGGGAUGGGUGGUAGUUAGAGAAGGCACAUUUUGAUGCAGCCCCAUUUUGGUUUAUGUGGUUGUUGUAACUAUAUAUGAAUUGAUGACUUUUUAAUUCUAGGCAACCAUUAUUUACGUUUUUGACGUAUUAUUUCUUCACAGUUCACAUCAUCAUUGAAUCACUAGUUGCUGUGAAGUCUAUUUUGUUGAAAUUGCCGUUUGUACAACUUUAAUUUAAUUUGCAGUAUCCUAAUCUGUGUCCAACCUAUACACAGCA